AGGAAAUUACAAAUAAAAAUAAAAAGCCAAUAAUCAGAAAAAUGAAUCCCCGCAAUCAGCCCCAAGGUGCCUGGAAUUCAUCUGAGAAAUCAGGAAUGCUGCAGCCUACACCACCAUCAGCAGCAUACCAGGACAUUCCUGCUGGAUACCCUCAAUCCUUUCCAAGCCAGCCAGUGCCCCAGGGCCCCUAUGCCCAGGGCCCCUAUGCCCAAGGGCCAUAUCCAGGGCAAUCCGUGGUCGCCGUGCAGCCUACAGUUUUUGUGACCACCGCUCCACUGGCCGAUCCAGAGCCAGAUUACCUGUGUUAUUCCAUCUUUACCAUGCUGUGCUGCUGCUUUCCUCUGGGCAUCGCUGCACUGGUUUUCUCCAGCUCCACUCGAAAUGCCAACUACUCAGGACAGCAAGCAUUAGCAGAGAGGAACUCCAAAACGGCACGCACCCUGAAUCAUGUCGCCGUUGCUAUGGGGCUUGUUGUCACUGUAUUGGUGAUUGUCUACGUGGUUAUGGUUUAUAAGAAUUACAACCAUUAGAGGUGUCAUGUUUGGAUGCAGAUUACAAAUAGAUUUGGUUCUCUGCAUUUUAAAUGUUAUUUGCUCAAUGAAACA